GGAAAAAGAAGUCAACAAUCACGAAGGAGGAACAUCAAGGACAUCAAGGACAUCAUCAUUAUGCACCAGGUAGAAAAACAUGUUCGCUGAUUCUUCAGGAACCACAACAGCCAGUGCCAGAUAGAGAGGACCAAAUAGAAGGGCGUUUUAU